AUGGCACGCAAACUGAGCCACCAGAGGGUCACCUAUGUCCUCCCUCUGCCUGAUGCACCCGGUGGGCACCGGUUGGGGGUCAAUGGCUUAACCGUCGACCGCCAAAACUCCAUCCUCUACUCCGCGGGCCGCGACGGCGUCAUCUGUUCCUGGGAUCUCGACUUCCCUCUUCCCUCCUCGUCUGCCCCUAAAGAAGCAUCAUCUCCUGGCCAAAAGCCUAGUCCGACCGGCUUCAAAACCCAGGUUCAAGCCCAUAGUCAUUGGAUCAACGACAUAGUCUUGGCACAGGACAACUCCGCGCUCGUUUCCGCCUCGUCCGACACGACCGUGCGACUCUGGCGCCCGCAUUCCGAGUCCACUGAGGUGCCGGAGCGCAUUGGAAAACAUACCGAUUAUGUGAAGGCCCUGGCGAGCCCCGGUAGCCACGCUACUUGGGUUGCCUCGGGCGGUCUCGAUCAAAAGGUUUACCUUUGGGAUUUAAAUGGCGGUGGGGAGAUAUUGAACAUCAAUGCCGGUGGGGACGACUCCACGGAUAAAGGGUCUGUCUAUGCGCUAGGCGCGGUCUCAUCGGUGCUCGCUAGCGGUGGCCCUGAAAAUGUUGUCCGAGUAUGGGAUCCCAGGUCUGGAAAGCUAGUGACGAAGUUCGUGGGCCAUACGGACAACAUUCGUGAUAUUAUGAUUAACCAAUCCGGCGAUACAAUCAUGACGGGGUCGUCUGACCAGACGAUCAAGAUCUGGUCUCUCACGGCGGGUCGAUGCAUGAACACCUUGACCAUGCACAAUGAUAGUGUGUGGUCCCUUUACUCGGACCACCCUGAUCUCUCUGUCUUCUAUUCAAGUGACCGAUCUGGCUUGGUGGCGAAGACCGACAUGCGAGGGUCCGCCGAUCCCGACCAGGGUCUCUCCGUUGCCGCACUACAAGAACACGACGGCGUUGUCAAAGUUGUGGCGGCGGGAGACUACAUCUGGACAGCGACUCCCAAGUCUAGCGUCAAUCGCUGGCGAGAUGUUGAUACUACAGCUGGAAUCGAGCCACCGCCCGACCCAGCACGUACCAUAGACUCUGCUACAGUGCCCGCUACCCCUCCAGAGAAGGGACCCAAGAAGAUUCCAUCUAAUGCUGUUUUGCAGUUAUCAGCAACAUCGAUUCUCGGUGGCUCAGCCCCAAAACUGAAUUCCUCGGAGCCUAACUUGGAGACAAUUGGUCUAACCAUCCCAGUUCAUUCGCAGCCCGAAGAGACCAUUGAAGGCCAACACGGCUUGAUAAAGUGCUUGAUGUUGAAUGAUCGGAGGCGCACACUUACUCAGGAUUCAGCAGGAGAAGUUGUUCUCUGGGACCUGCUGAAGUGUAUCCCCGUCCAAUCCUUUGGCAAGCGUCAUAUGGAUGAUGUUGAGUCAGAGGUAAACACCGUUGAUAGUAUUGGACAUUGGUGUGCCAUCGACGUGCGUACUGGCAGGUUAUCAGUCAUUCUGGAGCCCAAUCGCUGCUUCGACGCAGAAGUUUAUGCCGAUGAGACCGAUCUACCACUAUCUGAUCUGUAUCAGUUUAGAGAAGAUCAAAGAAUCAAUCUUGGCAAAUGGGUUUUGCGUUGGCUGUUUGCUCCGGUAGUGGACGAGGAAAUCCGACGAGACAGCGAAUACCGCCAAGCUGCCAUUGCGAGAGCAGAAGAACAUGCUCAACUGAAUCCGCUGAGUACAUCGGUACCUGGCGAUGAUAUCCCCCGCAGCGUUGGUAUACCUAUAUCGAAUCCUCAUCAGAGAACUAGUCUGCGUCCCAACUCAGACUUCCCUGGUAGCCCGAACGUCGGCUUUGGCAUCAACGUUGGCAGCAUCAAUGUUGGCAGCAUCAAUGUUGGCACACCAUCGUCAAACUACUUGAGCACUUCCAUGCAGAGUAACUCUCCGUUCCCAGGGUUUGAACCAGACACACCUGAUGCCUCAGUGCCAACAAAUUCUCAUCUCGAUGGCGGACCAUCAUCCUUUUCUUCAAGCGACUACUUCUCGAAGAGACCUCUAGCGGCCCAACAAACAGACACCGACAAGUCUCUUCUGUCUCCAUCGGAUGCAACCUCAAAUUCGGGGGUUCCUCAAUCCCCCGCAGAGCCCGAUAAGGAAGAGCGGAAGAAGUCACUAUUUGGAAAGAAGUUCCAAAUGAAUUUCCCCAAGAAGUUAGGUCGAAAUUCUACGGAGACGAAGCCUCAGAUAUUGGAAGAAAAGGCUGAAGAGUCGGAGAUCUCCUCUAUCAAAGAAGAGAAGGUGUAUGAGCCCAAUCUCUGUGGCGUGGUUGACCGCAUUCGUGAUGAUUAUGAAGAAUUCCUGGCUACAAAUCCAGAUCGGGAUUUGGAGACGGCUCUUUUGCCUAGUACUGAGGAUGAAACUCCGCGACUGGAUAUUCCAUCUCGGACUGCAGUCUUCAUCCAGGAGGAAACUGGCGAUACUGCUGUGGCCUCAGACCUGUACAGAGGUAGCGUGGGUCGCAUCGGCGAAGACCUCGAAAGGCUCAAGAAAUCAAUUCCUCAUUGGCUUGGUGAACUUCUUCUGAAGAAUCAAAUCCCCUUCAAGGAGCAGGUCAAGAUCGCCUUUGUGUUGAAGCCCUUCGAUGAUACCUUGCCACCAGUCGUCAAGCCCGAACCACCGGCUCCUAACGGUGCCCCUCCGGGUAAUCCGAACACCAAUAACAACGGCUCUCGUCUCAAUGCCAACCGCAUGCUCCGAACGAAGAAGGUUCUUGCUUAUGUCGCAGAGCGCAUUGACCCUGCAAACCCGGAUGAACCAGCGGAGUCCGUUAUGCCACCAGAGGAGUACCUCGAGCUAUACUGCCAGAAGAUGCUUUGUCCACCAAACAUGACUCUAGCAACCAUUCGCACGCACCUCUGGCGCACUUCGGGAGACAUGGUUCUCCACUACAAGACAAACGGCAAGAAAGAGAUUCACCCGCCCCGGUCUCUCCUGGGAAUUGAUGAAAACCAUGUCCUCGUGGAAGAGCCUCAUGUUCCGAACGGGGAUAGCAAUUCACAUGCACCUCCUGGUAGUAUUCAUUCCGUGACCAACUCGGCCUCUGUCGCAGGCUCUGCUAUCACGUAA